CGAACCAGCAAUCGGCUUAGUGAGCGUUGAAAUUUACCAUCCUCUGACUGCCUGCUGAUCAGAAAUACAAAUCAGAUCCGACUGUACGUUCCAGCAAAACGAUCGCGUUCUCUGCGCCGAGCGAAGGGGCGUCUCGCCGCAAGUGGCUUCCAGAGCAUUUUGGUCGCUUUCCUGUGAUUUUGUUAGGAAAGUGUUCAAACACAAGGACAUAUCUUUCUGUGAGAGGGAUUCCAAUUCGCGAGCAUCAUGAACCCGAGCAUGUAUUGUCGACUGAAUCUGGUCACUCUUUUGCUGAUUUUCUCCGCUAUUGGCCCAGUUGUUCACGUUCAAGGUUCCUACCUGGAGGGCCGUGUAGCUGUUACCCAGAGGGGAGGCCAGGGGGAGGCAGAGGGGGGCCACAGCACCUACCCGACCACCCAGGACACUGACCGCGAUGGCCCACUGGUCACCACUGCUCCACCUUUCAACGUCCUCAACCACCACCCCCCUUACAAAGGCUUCCUGGCUCCGGAGUCGUACCACACCGACGACCUCCGCGGACACCCACAGUUUUUCGAAGACAGUGGGGGUGCCACCGUGCCAGGCUCGGGCCACCACCUGGUACAGGAGCCCUCCACGCAGCUGGUGCCCCACGAGGAUGCGCCGGCCUUCUCCGAUGUCGCUUCGCCAACCCCCACCACGGCGGCAACGCCUGCAUCCACCAUCACCGCCCGCGACCCUGCCGGCUCAGAUCAGCACGGGUCCAAGGUGGCGGACCCAAUGAACGGAAAAACCACAACGUCGCACAGAGAUUUCAUCAUGGCUGAAUCCCUGACAACUGCUACGCAUGCCUCCACCCCUCCCCCCUGUGCCAGUACUCCCAAUAUGGCUGUUACCAUGGGACGCGGCUCGUCAGACAGAGCCAGAGUUGCCAUAGCAACCACCGCAUCGCCGCCGGCCUUGGUGAAAACGGACACCAUCACCGAGAUGGAGAGGUCCGCAGCUCAGAAUAACAAGUCCCCAGACAAUGUGGUCCCUGCCGUUGCAUCUGCUGAUUUGGAGGAGGAAACCACGACAACCACCAUCAUCACCACCACUGUCAUCACAACCAUGCAGACCCCAGCUCCGUGUCUCACCAACUUCACGGCGCCAGAGGGCUACAUCGAGACGCCACAGCCGGCACAGAUGCAGACGGGGUCCUGGUAUGAAACGACCGUGGACUGCACCUACACCGUGACCGUCUACAUGGGCUACGGCGUGGAGAUUCAGGUGAUGAACGUGAGCCUUGCGGAGGGGGACACGGUGAGGUUCGAGGACCUGGGCGGCCGCGAGCCCUCGGUGCUGGCCAACGAGUCCAUCCUCAUGAAGGGCCUGGUGGUGCGCAGCUGGAGCAACCAGAUCUCCAUCCACUUCCACAGCAAGCAGCCCAAGCCUGGAUCCUUUCUGCUCCGCUACCAAGCGUUUGUUCUGAGUUGCCCAUUCCCCGAGCGCCCUGUGUACGGAGAUGUGUCCGUGACCAGCCUGCACGCGGGCGGAGAGGCCUACUUCUACUGCUUCACUGGUUACCAGCUCCAGGGCCCCCCCACCUUGACCUGCCGCAAUGCCACCACCCCCUACUGGAGUGGCAAGGAGCCGCAGUGUCUAGCUUCCUGUGGAGGGAUGGUAAAGAACGCCACGGUGGGACGCAUCGUCUCUCCUGGUUUCCCUGGCAACUACAGCAACAACCUGACCUGCCACUGGAUUCUGGAGGCCCCCGAGAGCCACCGGCUGCAUGUCCACUUCGAGAAAGUGGCCCUUGCCGAGGACGAUGACAGACUGCUGAUUAAAAAUGGGAACCACAUCGACUCUCCCCCGCUGUAUGACUCGUAUGAGGUGGAGUACCUGCCCAACGAGGGCAUCGCCAGCAGCUCCAGGCACCUGUUUGUGGAGCUCACCACGGAUGGAUCCGGAACCUCCACUGGCACGGCCAUUAGAUAUGAAGCCUUUGGGCCUGGACACUGCUACGAGCCAUUUGUCAAGUAUGGCAACUUCACCAGCAGCGACAGCACCUACGCAGUGGGCACCGUGGCCGAGUUCACCUGUGACCCCGGGUACACCCUGGAGCAGGGAUCUGUCAUCAUCGAGUGCAUGGACCCAAACAACCCACAGUGGAACGAGACCGAGCCUGCCUGUAGAGCUGUUUGCAGUGGGGAGAUCACAGACUCCGCUGGGGUUGUGCUGUCUCCAAACUGGCCUGAGGCGUACGACAAAGGCCAGGACUGCAUCUGGGGCAUCCACGUGGAGGAGGACAAGAGGAUCAUGCUGGACAUCCAAGUCCUCCACAUGGGAAAGAAUGACCUGCUCACCUUCUACGAUGGCGAUGACCUCACCGCCAAGAUCCUGGGUCAGUACAGCGGCACGCGACCCCGCUUCAAGCUCUACACCACUACGGCCGACGUCACCAUCCAGUUCCAGUCCGACCCCGCCACCAACAUCUACGGCUACAACAACGGAUUUGUGGUGCACUUCUUCGAGGUGCCGCGCAAUGACACCUGUCCCGAGCUGCCCGAGAUCACCAACGGCUGGAAGACGACCUCUCACCCCGAGCUGGUCCACGGCACAGUGGUCACUUACCAGUGCUACCCGGGCUUUGAGGUGGUUGGCACGGAGAUGCUCAUGUGCCAGUGGGACCUGACCUGGAGCGGAGACCUGCCCAGCUGUGAGAGAGUGCUGUCCUGCCCAGAUCCGGGAACAGUGGAGCACAGUCGCCGCGUGAUGUCUAGUCCCCGUAUGACAGUGGGUUCCACCAUCCAGUACAUCUGCAACAAAGGCUACUCGCUCUCUGGAAACAGCCUUCUCUCCUGCUACAACCGAGACUCCUCCGGGCCCAAGUGGAGCGAGAGGCUCCCAAAAUGCAUUCCUGAUGCGUAUGAACCCUGCAAGAACCCAGGCACCCCACCCUACAGCUCCCUGAGACCCGAAAAGCGCCUCUACCAGGCGGGAGAGGUGCUGCACUUCACCUGCCAGAAGGGCUACGAGCUCCUGGGAGAGCCUGAAAUCCGCUGUGUGGCGGGACGCCCCUCAUGGUGGAGCAACCCUCCCCCUGUCUGCAAAGGCUCCGCACUCGAGUACAUUAAUGAGCAGAGAUUGGAUGUUGCAAGUGCUUACCUCAACAUUGAGGGCCCUAAUGUGGCCAUCGCUGUCUUCAUCCCUGUUGCCAUCAUCACUGCGGUCAUUCUAGGAAUUUACUUCUACUUUUCAAGGUACCAGGGGAAGUCCUUACGAUUGUCUACGUCCUCUCCACAGUACGACCACAUCAGUGGAGAUUCGGCUUUUGAUAACCCUAGUUUUGACACAGCAAACAGCGAGCUUUUGUUAAGAGGCUCAAUAAAGGGAUUUGAACUUGAGAAGGAACACUUGAAGCAGAAGUCAUUGGACAUUUGUGGUGGGUGGGCUUCUCCAUUUUGUUUUCUCUGUGUUGAAUUCAUGUAACAUUCAUAUCAGCUCUGUUCUCAUAUCACUGGCUUUGGUUAGUGGCUUGAUCUUUGUUCUGUUGUUUUAAGGAGAUCAAUCCUGACUGCACGACUUCUUCAAGUCAUUUUCUUGUGUGUUGUAAAAACCUACAUGUUUGUAAUUUACAGGAGACAAGAGAGUAUGAAGUUUCCAUUUAAAACACUGCAUUUUUCAGCCUGGAGGAAUUCAAGCCUUUUAUGCCUUGUGGAAGUAUUUUUUUCCGGCACCUUCCAUUUCUCCUGUGACUCGUCCCGCCUCCCUUUUUCCCUGUACGCCCUUACUGAACCUGCUGUAAAUAUCUGUCUUCAGAAGAAUUCUGCAAGCACUGUAAAGAGUGUGGACGACUUGAUAUUAUUUUUGUAGAGCUUCAAUAGCAAUGACCUAGCAGUGGUGUUUGUACAGUUUCUACCCAGUGACUGAUCCUAACAGAAUGAUAUGGCACUGACAGUAGGACACUACCCAUCAAACAUUAAUGUAAGUCUUUCUGUGUACAUAAAGACACAGGUUGAUUUUGGUGACUAUUAAUAUUUUCCUUUUUCUUUUUGAUUCACUGGUAAUCAACCAUUUGCAUAGUAUCCUAUUAUAUAUAAAAACAUCUAUUUAAAGAUGUUUGAUUUAUUGGAUGACUGAUGGAAUGAGCAGACAGAAAAUUUUAUAUUAUUUCCUCCAAAUAUUCAUUCCUCACCUGGUUUAGCCAGGCAACAUACAGUAAGUCUACACUUUGUUGAGGGGUUUUGCGAGAUCACUACACAGUAUUCUGCACCCACUGUUUUCAUUUUUAACAAAAUACUUGUCUUAGCCCUACUUUUAUGUUUGAUCAUUUGAUGUCUGGAUGUAUACUGAACUGUACUGAACAUAACGGCUUGUGUUACUUAUUUUGCACUACUAAAUUAUUAUGAUGUUUAUUAUAUUGAAAAUGGAUAUAUUAUUAAGAGGGCAUUUUCCAAUGUUAUUAUCACUUGAAUUUUGUUUUUUAAAAAACUGAAUCAAACUGGUGAUGGACUGAAACAGAUCUUAGGCUACUUGGUGACUGCUGAGCAAAUCACCUUGGAGAAUGAAGGGUUAAAGCGAAGUGUGAAACUGUUCUCUCAACAGUAUUGUAAUAUGUGUAAUAAAACAAAUAUUAAAUGGCACACUUUGAAGAAUG